CUCUCAGCAGCCAGCGGCAAGGCGCAAUUCUUCCCGCUCACGCGAAAGGGCGAAAUCCCAACUAUCCAGCCCUACGCAUUGGGCCAGGAGGUGUUGGUGGACUGUAUCUCCAGAAACAUUGACAACGGCGAGCACAAGUUUGACUCCAACGACCGGAUCAUCUACAAGGCUUUCCCCACUUGCAAGGAGACCGGGAAGCCGCUCACAUUCAAGUACGGCGUCUCUGAGGAUGUCAACUGCACCAUUAGCUUCUCCGACGAGCUUUACCACUUGUUUCAGUUGUACGUGCACGAAGAUGCGCCAUUCAGCUGCCGGAUCCCCAUCAGCUCAGAAGCCAACUACUUGGAACUGGGCGGUGCGCAUAUUCCGUUGACAUUCAACCUCAGAGGAGAGGUACAUGACUCGCACUUGGACAUCGAUUCGCAGAUGAAUGUGGUCAUGACCAGGCCUGCGCUGAAGAGGCCGGAGCAGCAGACUGUGGUGAACGCCGCCGCAUGGUCUGCAGGUACCAACGCCACGCGUUUGACGAUUGGCGAAUCUUUGACGCUCGAGCUCGCCGUGCGGUGGUUCGACUCGAUUAAGCCCGCAGGGUCCCAGGGAACCGCUGACUUGCCGUUUACGGAUGGUUUCUACAAGUUGCCAAUGUACUCCGUGCCGGUUUCCUAUAUGCAAUAUGCAAUGUCCUUGGUGGUGGUGGCGCUCGUGUCGGCCGUAGUGUCGGGCUUCAUCUCUUUCAGGCUCAAGAAGACCCGCGGGUACCACCCACUCUCGGACAGAGAGGCGGGUGUUGCCAAGCAGGACUGA